UUCGGAGCAUGCACCGAUCAUUGAAGGUGUUGUUUCGCUGUAAUCCGACAGCAUGAGAUCCACGCACAAAAAGCCUGACACAACACGUUCAAUGUGGCGCGCUGCCACAAACUUCCCCAGAUCUUGUUAUCAGAAGUCACAGGGCCAAGCGGCAGCUAUCAAUGUCGCUCCCCUCAUCAUUCCAUGUACGGCUGGAGCUCGGAGCUCUAGAUUCCUGGUAUCGAUGUAUAUAAUCUUCGCCUAAGCAGACGAGUUGGCAGGGAGCUCAAGGGUAGCCUACCACCACACCUUCCCCGUGCCAGAAUCUGCCCGCUACCGACCUGGGAUUGUUCAUGAUGUCGAACGAGAAGAUGUGUGGCGGUGACACAGUUAUGCCCAUAAAGCCAGAAGAUGAAGUGAACACCUCCAGCCCUCUUGGAAAGCAUGAGAGCAUUGAGGAUGGUGUUGUGAAGGCCAUUGAUAAAGAUGCAGAUGCAGCACUGCAAUUUCUCAGCCAGGGCACCAUUCAUAUCGACGAGGAGACUGACAAACGUAUUCGACGCACCAUUGACUGGCAUAUCAUGCCAUGGAUGUUUGGCAUUUAUAUGCUUCAGUAUCUGGACAAGACCUCUCUGACAUACGCUGCUGUUAUGGGCAUCAGGCCAGAUCUGAACAUCAACAGCGUUCAGUAUCCAUGGACUGGUUCGAUCUUCUACUUCGGCUACCUCGCCUUUGAGUAUCCUCACAAUCGCCUUAUGCAAAGGCUGCCGUUGAUGAAAUAUGUGUCUUGCACAGUCAUUAUCUGGGGAAUAGUUCUCUGUUGCCAUGCGGGAACCACAAAUUUUGCCACUCUGAUGGUGGCUCGUUUCUUUCUGGGAGCUUUGGAAGGCUCCGUAACUGCAGGUUUUGUUCUCUACACUGCACGCUUCUACCGGUCGGAUGAGCAGAUCACCCGAACGUCCUUCUGGUUCUGUGGCAACGGAUUUGCCUCGAUUAUUGGCGGCGCAAUCGCCUAUGGUAUUGCAAAAGGGUUCGCCGAAAACCCCGCCCUCACAUUCGCGCCCUGGAAGGUCAUUUUCAUCAUCACCGGCAUUCUCACCACCAUGUUUGGCAUUGGCAUGCUCUUCUACCUCCCAGACUCGCCCAUAAAUGCCAAGUGGCUCAAUGAUGCUGACCGGCACCUGGCUGUGGAGCGCUUGCGCUCAAAUCAGCAAGGCAUUGGAACCAAAGCCUUCAAGUGGUACCAGUUCCGGGAGGCUCUCACGGAUGUUCGGGCAUGGCUUUACGCCCUCGUCGCAUGUACAACAAUGCUUCCGGCUGGCGGCUUCACAGUCUUCUUCACCCUGCUGAUUCAAGGCUACGGCUUUGAUUCACGUACCACACUACUCUUGUCGAUGCCAGCAGGAUUCUUCCAGAUCCUCUCCAACGUCGGUCUUCCGUGGAUCGGGUACAAAACCAAGAACAGAACACUGGCCGCCUGCUGUGGCAUGCUUGGCUGUCUCUUUGCCAUUUCGCUGAUGGCUGGUCUUGCAACUGGCGGGCCAACCAACCACCGUGUUGGCCAGCUCGUGGGCUACUACAUGUGGCUGGGCAAUUCGGCAACCGCAUUGAUCAUCAUCUUGAGCUGUAUUUCGACCAAUGUUGCUGGCUAUACGAAGAAGACUACAGUCAAUGCAAUGGUCCUGAUUGCAUAUUGUGUCGGCUUCCUGAUCGGACCCCAGACGUUCCGUGACGGCCCUUACUACCCUGACGGCAAAUAUACGACGAUCGCCUUGAACAUAUUUGCCCUUGGAUGCUUGAUUUUUCUUUACUUCCUGAACCGAUGGGAGAACGCCAAGCGCGAUGCCCUCCAACUUCCACCUCAGCCCGAAGAGCAAGCCUUCAUGGAUCUCACUGACAGGGAGAAUAAGUACUUCCGCUAUGCAUUGUGAAAGGCGAACCUUCAUUUACGAUUAUGUUGUGAGUGCGAGAAGCCUCUGUGUGGCACGGUGCUUUCAAUUUCUCUUGGUGGAAGACCUGUGUCUGUCUCGCAAUGUGAGAUCCAGCAAUACUGCCGAGUUGACAUCCUCUGUGAAUGCUCCACUCGGAUUGUUUAUGCCAAGUUUGCUAGGUUAUUUGGGUCACUCUCCAGGCAGGGCUUCCGAAUAUUUCUUACUAGGCUCAGGAGACUUGCUUCCUGAGGGACGUAGGAGCUUGAUAUAUCCUUUGCCCUACGAAAGCCUCAAGCAGGUAGUUGGUUCUUGUUUAUCCGAAGCGAAUGAUGCUCAGUAUCUAGUCUGUCGAUAUGGUCCGUAUCGGAGGAAGAAGGCUGGGUUUGCCAAAAGAUACCUCCAAUAUUCCUUUGCUCAGAUCCAUAAUCACCGUUGCUAAAGUCUCCAUCCUUUCGAUACCUUUGGCGCCGGUCGGCAUGGAACGGCA